CUUGAACCUAAAUCUGUGCGUGUGACUACACACAUACUUAGUUUCUUCUUUUAUAAAAGCACAGCCUUUACGUUUUUGUGAGUAUAAAACACCAAAAAUGUGCUUGAUAUAUGUUUUUGGAGCACUAGCCAUAACAAGUGGAGUUUUUAGCCAAGACACCUCAAACUUACAGCCAGAGAUUCGAGACCUGUUUGUAGCUGUGGGUUCAUCUGUGAAGAUACCAUGCACUGACGGAGAAGAAAAAGGGGUGGAGUGGAGAUUCAACAGUUCAGUGCUUGUCUCAAGCCCUGUUCUCUCCAUACAGAACACCAGUUUGAAGGACCAAGGCAUCUACACCUGCCACCAACCGAAUGGAGAUCUGAUACAGACAGUAUCUCUACACCUGGGAUAUCCCCCCUCUCCUCUGGAUGUGCAUUGUUGGUCUCCAAGUUACCCUAAAAGGGCAAUAUGCUCUUGGACACUGACCCCAGACCCAAUACUUCCAACACAUUAUAUUGCUACAUACCCGAGCUUUUCAGACCCACUGGCAAGUGCCUGUCAAUGCCAGAAAUGGGGAGAACAAGACAGGCAAUGUGCGCUAUAGAGGAACUGGAGAUUUUUGCAAGUGAACCAACUCUUAUCAACAUUACAGCUAUUAAUGCUCUGGGUAGCACAA